CUCACAAAAAUAAAUCAAAAUUUCAAUUUCCACGGUUAGAAAAACAAGAAAUUUCUCAAAACUAAAUGAGAAACCGGGCCUGGUGAAGCGGGCCUGUUACCGAAGUGGGCCAAAGGAAUUUGUAUGCCGGGUUGGGCUCAUUGCUGUUAAAAGAAACAAAAACAAAAAAGCAUUAUAAAUGAGAGAGAGAAUAUCAAGCUUCUUCUUCCCACGCCGUCCGUCCCUACCAUCCCUCCCGUCCAAUCAAAACGUCCUUCACUUCGCCAUUUCUUCUUCUGCUUGUUCUCCCUCCUCCUCUGCCUCCAAAACCAAAAGUGAAGAAAAGCAAAUAUUUCCCGCCCACCGCCUCCGUGCAGUCUUUGCACAUUUCUCUCUAACCGUCGCCCUUCUCCUUUCACUUCCUCUUCCGCUGCGGUUGCUCCAACGUGCGACGACGUCCUCUUUCCCUCGGUUCGUCGACUGCUAUUCUUCUGAAAGUUGCCGGCGACGAGUUGAUCGGUGAAGCAAGACAACAGAUCACGCGAUCGUUUCCGGAAUCCAGUUCUCUUUCCGUUUCCUCUCGUAGCUGUCUCCCUCUCUCGCCCAGUUUCUUGUCCUGGUGAGCACCUUCUCUCUCUCUCCUCUCUCUGUUUCAGAGCUUGAUUGGUUACAGUUCUUGAAUUAUGCAUUCCAUCUGUUCGUAAGCUAUGUCCAAGAUUCUGAGUCUUUCCGUACUUGUUCGAACAAGAUCUUAGUAGCAGACGGAAGGUUUAUGUGCAUCCUUUUGAUUCAUUGACGUCUGCGAUUUUGCCUUUUGGAAUAUGUGCUGAAUUUUGUUUGUUUGUUUGGAUGCCAAGUCUGGUUUUCGAAGCCGCAUUUUAUCGAGCAGGUGGGGGGAUCGUUUCCUGCAAGUUGCCCGGCGCCGAGUUGAUCAGUGCAGCGAGACAACUGAUCACGCGAUCGUUUCCUGAAUCCAGUUCUCUUUCCGUUUCCUCUCUCGGCCAGUUUCUCGUCCGGGUACCAUCUCCUCUCUCUCUCUGUUUCAGAGCUUGAUUGGUUACAGUUCUUGAACUAUGCACUCCAUCUGUUCGUAAGCUAUGUCCAAGAUUGUGAUUCUUUCCUUGCUUUUCCGAACAAGGUUUUAGUAGCUGAUGGAAGGUUUAUUGAUUCACAAAGACUUGCGAUUUUGGAAUAUGCACUGAGUCUUGUUUGUUUGUUUGUUUGUUUAGACGCCAAGUCUGGUUUUGGAAGCCGCAUUUUGUCGAGCAGCUGGGGGGAUAUCUGUGGGUGAAAGAAAAUAUGUUUCAGUCUCUCAAGAUCGACACCGAGUUCGCGGACGAAUCCGAUACCGAAAUCUUUGAUAAACUCAUGCAAUGGGCGGCACCUGCUGGGCUUCAGGAUCUGCGGGUUCGCGGUUCCUCUGGAUUUAUGAAAUAUCCUCAUUACUCGCAGACUGCUUUCGAAUCAAUCUCCGCUUGUGCUGCGUCGCUGGAGAUACUGCAGUUGGAAGGUUUCAAGUAUUCUGCAGCGGUAUUUGGGCGGGAGUCCUGGUCUAAAUUCAGAGUACUCAGAGAAUUGGUUUUGAACGGAGUCUCCUUUGAUUUCUUUGACCAGGAGGAAAUUGACCCUUUUGCUGGGUUCCCAGCGUUGGAGCAGUUGAGCCUGAUUUCUUGCUGCCGCUGUAUUGACCGGGAUGUUGAUGACCCUCUUACUGAUGUUGCCAUCUUGGUAGUAAAUGGACAACAGUUGCUGACUCUGGAGAUAAACAAACCAAUUGGUUUCUCCGAGAUCAGAGUUUCAGCUGCCAGACUCACAUCGUUUACUUUUAAGUUUGCGAUUCUCCGUUCUUAUCCGAUAACAAGAGUCUCCUUGAACGCUCCAUCCCUAGAGCAUGCAGCUGUCAACUUGAAGGGAUACAAAGAUUCGACUGUUGACCUGAGUGAGGAAGAGGUACAGAAUGCUGAUGACCUGAAUGAGGAAGCGGUACAGACUCGGUAUGCAGCGUUAAUCUAUGGUCUGCGUCGAGCGGAAUCUCUUGUCUUCAAAUUUGGUACCACCACGGCAUUCUGGAGUGCCUGUCAGCUGUUGAGAGGUCGGCCUUCGCCUUUUGGAAGAUUGACGUACUUGGCUUUGCGUCAUAAGGAAGAAGACAUGGCUGUGAUAACUGAUGAUCAUGAGGUUGUGAUUUCUUACUUCUUCGGCAUCUUUGGUCGCAGAGUGGACUGUGGCCAUCGAGUUACAGAGAUUACCAGGCUAUAUCCCCGAACCAUCAUCCCCAGCAAUUGAACAUUUUGCAAGCUGAAAGUCCGAUUGGCCCUGUGAGCUCCGAGAAAACAGAGGAUGAAGAAUUUGUUUUCCCUGUACUUGAACUGAUUGGGGAACUUGGGGGGAUAUGUUGUUAAUGCUAGACUUUGUUGUUUCAUGGUCCACUUUUCCGAUUUGUGAUGGUCUUACAGCUACAACAUUGAACCUUGGUGGUCUCUCCUUUUGUGUAGUUUUACAGUGAGCUUGAGCUACAGUGGUAAAUGAAUGAACUUUUCACAG